AUGUCGCAUACAGAUACGACAAUCCUUAUUAAUAAUUCAAACCCGCCAAUCACUCCCCAUACACAAUAUUCUCUUUCAAAAAAAGAAGUUGUUCACGGAAUAGCAAACAGAAUUAUAUAUUCAAGAUUUUAUACCUGGUUAUAUUUAGGAAUGGCUUUACUUAGUUCGACUUCCAUCAUUCUGUCAUUAACAGAAAGAUGUCCGACACUAGGAUUUAUCAUUCUUGAAAUUAUAAUUAACACAGUAAUGAUAGUAGAAGUUGGAACACGAUUCUUGGCAUUAGGAAAGUUAUUCUGGAAUUCUAUAUACAACAUAUUCGAUAUAAUCCUCGUAGCCUUAUGUAUUAUUACCUUAUUAUUUAUCAUUGGAGGUGGAUGUUCUCACAAGGGAGAAGAAAUAAUUGAUUCAAUUUUAUUGAUUGCAAGAAAUUUGAUACAAUUUGGAAGAAUAUUUGUAAUGUUAAGAAAAAAUAAGAAGAAUAGAAAGACUCGUAAUGCGACGGUAGAUUUUUCUAAUGUUAGAGACCCAAGUGUCUCGAUGGAUGUCGAUUCAAUGGAUCAUGGACCAUUUUUGUUAGAUGAUGAAGACGAUAUCUUUUAA